AUGAGUUUCCCGGGUCUCACGGUCGAGCACCAACUCGUCGACAGCGCCGCCGUGAUCAUGGUAAAGAACCUCAACGGCCGUCGUCGUCACAAGCAACCUGCCCAGGAAACAUCACCAGCAACGAGGGCCAGCACCGAGGAGGCCAAGACCGUCGACGUCGGCGACGAGAUGGCCAAGCAGCCGACGAGCAUCCUCAAGGCGUAG